AUGGGCUACGAAAUCGGUACCGUGGUGAAAUCCGGCAUCUACGCUCUUGCCGCAUCAACAGUGGGAUAUUUUGUCUUCCUCGGCGUCUUGACUAUUCCUGCCUGUCAGAACCAAGCCAUCUAUCUGAAUAAGAUUACUUUGACCUGGGGCCAAGACGUCAACGUUCCUGAGCAAUGGGGAUUCCUUCAUAAUCAAGUCACGCCUUUCAUGUUGGAUACGAGCGACGGCGAAACAUUGCAUGCCUGGCACAUCCUCCCGCUUGACCUGUACAGGAAUCAUGAGAAAGAGCUGAUAGAUGAGCCCGCCGGGCUUGCACUGGACAUUACUUCUCGUCUCAGCUUCAAGCUGCUGCGCGAGGACCUAGACUCUCUGCUGGUCCUCUACCUUCAUGGAGCUGCUGGCACACUGGGAUCUGGCUGGCGGCCUCCGAGCUACCGGGCCAUGUCUGCACUGAACCCGGACAAGAUUCAUACAGUGGCCAUUGAUUACCGUGGCUUCGGCACCAGCACUGGAACACCGUCAGAGCCCGGGCUGUUGAAUGAUGCUCUUGCGCUGGCCAAAUGGGCGAUAGAAGUUGCCGGAAUCCCGCCAUCUCGCAUCGUCCUCUUCUCGCAGUCGCUCGGCACGGCAGUCACCCUCUCUCUGGCCCAUCAUCUAGCUACCCAAGUUGCGAACCCGAUCUUCUUUGCGGGCAUGGUACUUGUGGCGCCUUUUGCCAACGUCGAGGAGCUGACGGCGACCUACAGGAUUGCGGGCACGAUUCCGUUGCUCGACCCCAUUGCCCGCUUUCCCUGGCUGCUGGACUUCUUCAACGGCUUCAUCAUUGCCAAGUGGCCCUCCACGGAGAAGAUUGCGGAGUUUGUGCGGUUCUGCGAGAUGUCUUCUGACGAUGCGGCGCGGUACGACAUCACAAUCAUUCAUGCGGAGGACGACUAUGAUAUCCCUUGGGAGCACAGCGACAAGCUGUACUGGCAUGCAGUUAACGCGUCUUCGCCUCAUGAGGUCAGUUACGAGGAGCUUGAGGACGCAAAGGCCGCCUCAAGGUCAGACUUGCAUGGCGGAGGCUGGGUGGUGGAACAGAAGACGCAAAAGGGGUACCUGCGAGAAGCAAUUUCGAGAUGGGGACUGCAUGACAGGAUCAUGUCGUAUCCGGUUGUCAGCCUGGCAGUCUGGAGGGCUUUUCAGCGGGCGGCGAGUGAGUGA